UACACACUUAAGUUUACUGUGUGUGGGGCAACUUAAUUGGCCUUACAUCAGAUCUGUCUCUGAACAAUUCAUGUACAAAGUCAGCACGAGGACAAAACACGUCCACUAAAUGUUUUACUAGUGUUGUCUGAAUCGUGGAUGAAUUUAAGCUGCUCAAACUUCACUUGCGCUGAAACACAAAUGAAUAUAAGAUGCACUUAGAGUUGGCAUCAGAGCCGAUGAUAUAUUCUGAUGACAGCAUGGGAUCAUAUCAUUCAUAACAUUUUUAAAGACACGUGGAGAGGUAUCAAUAGAUAAGAAUACAGUUUUAACUAAACGCAAAAUAGUCUAGCUGUACUGAAGUCUUGAAGUUCAUAGAGUAGAAAUGAAGUGAUAUAAUGAAACAAUAACACUACUUUACUCGGAUUACGUAAUGUAGGAAUUCAGUAUAUUGUUUAUAGAUUUCAAGUUCAUGUUGCUGAUAAAAGAAGCGAAAAUAUUUGGCUGAUUGCAAAGUGGUAAUAAAUUUUUUUUGAAGUAUCAGCCUCACCCAAUUAAUACAAGAAGCAGAAUUUUUUUAUUAUCAGAGAACGGGCUGUGGAAUAUGAUUUGAUCAAGUACUUACUGUUUAUUUAAACGAGCAGGAGAUAACCAAAGUGAAUGUUAAAUCAGGUGAAAUCGGCACCUUUCCGAACCUGACUCCCAUCCAGCAGUUGGAAUCCUUCUCUAUAACAGAACAGUGGAGUAUCAGAUAAAGAAAAGAUUUAACAGGCACAUAAAAACAUAACCAUUUGAGACACAUAUUUCGAGGAAUAUAGACAUUUCAACAGAGUUAGAGGUUUUCAGCUGCUAUCUGAGACACUUUCAACAAAUAAACUUGUUCAUCUUCAAGACACUUUCAAUAAUCAACUCUCACAUCAUCACAAGCAAAUAUACUGUUGUCUGCUUGAGACAAUUUCAAAAAAGGCAAACGCAGUGCCAAGAGAGAUACCAUUUACAAUUAGCAGAAACAUUUUCAAAGAGAGACACUUUCAACAAUUAGCAGAGACACUUUCAGAAAGACAACAAUUUUACUCUCAACAAUCAAAGACGGAUUCAUUAAGGAGAUACAAACCCAGUAAGAACACAGCAACAACACAUAUAUACAUGCUUCCAUUCAGGUGUAUGCCAAGAUUGACAGAUUGUGCAGAAUUAAAAAUGACAAGAUGAUAUUUAUACCCAGGAUAUUACUGCUUUUGGCCCUACUGGUGCUGGUAUCUGCUAUUCCUCCUAAAUCAGGUAAAAGACAGACAUAUCAGGGCCAUGCACGCUGGUCUGUCUGGAGUCGAUGCAGCGUUACAUGUGGACCCGGGGUAAAAUCACGGGUGAAGCACUGCAAGCGAAUGAUAUCAGGAAAGCCAUCAUUUGACCCGACCCAUUGCAAGAGACCAGUGACACAGACCAAAGUUUGUGACAUUGUGGACUGCCCCGAUGGCCGCAAGACCCGAGAGGUCCAAUGUGAAAGAUAUAAUGGCAAGCUCACCAAGUCUGGGACAUCAGAUGCAAGCCAGCAGAUCAGAACAUGGGAACCAGUCAUAAUGCGAAAGUCUGAGUGUCAGUUAUUAUGUAGAGCAACUGGACACCGGUUCUAUGCUAAGCUUGCUGACAAAGUUGAUGAUGGGACACCCUGCACAGAUGGAGUCUGCUUCAAAGGAGUCUGUACAAGAGUUGGCUGUGACAAGGUUGUUGGUGGGAAGAAAGUUCGGGAUGAAUGUGGUAUUUGUGGUGGAAAUGGUGGAAAAUGUCAGACCAUCUCGGGAAUAUAUGCAAACCCAAGACUGAAACAUGGCUACAAUGAGAUUGUUAAAAUACCUAAAGGGGCAUGUAGUAUUAAUAUUACAGAGGUCAGGCCCAGUGAGAAUUAUUUGGCUUUAAAGCCACUCAAAGGCACUAAGUUCAUCUUCAAUGGCCAUUGGACUGUAGGAGGCUCCGGGAAUUUUCCAGCUGCCGGAACUACUUUCAAAUACACACGCUCCAAUGCGACACAUGGUGAACGCAUUAUUGCUGAUGGGCCACUGAACCAAACAAUAUCUCUACAAGUGCUGUUCAUGAAAAGCAACCCUGGGAUCAUCUACGCAUUCAGCAUCAAGAAAGACAAGAUGGCCCUUGUCAUGGAUGUUAUGAAAGACAUGGCAAAGUCCUCAUCAAAGCACCAUGGCAACCACAAUGCCCGACUACGCCAUCGGCAGAACAUUAAAAAGAAGACUUUGAAUACAAAGCAUAUUCCCCAUCAAGGCACCAAGUUAAAUAGCUUGAGUCAAAAUCAACAGAAUUAUGAGAGUAUUCGAAAGGGAACUCGAUAUACACACAAUCUUGCGCAAUCUAAGCCAGAUUUAAAAACAUUAAACACUGAUAGAUUAGAUAGUACCAAACAACAGGGACAGUCCUCAUUUUAUGGUCGAGCCAAGGGGUCUCAAGGAGUGCAACCUCCACGUUAUGGUCAAGCUAAGGGGUCUCAAGGAGUGCAACCUCCACGUUAUGGUCAAGCUAAGGGGUCACAAGGAGUGCAACCUCCGCGUUAUGGUCAAGCUAAUGGCCCCACACAUCCACAAAGUGCAAAUGUGAACCCUCGAUAUAGCAGUUACUAUGGUGAGAAGCCAUAUGAUAGAACAUUGAGUUCAACUGAUGACAUUGCAAGAAUGUUACAGUUACAUAAGUCUAACCAUGGCCUUGACCCAGCAAUUGGUUUCGCUCAGGGCCCUCAUACUAACAGCCGAAGGCUCAAUGGACAAGUGCCUUCAAAUAAUGGUGAUUCUCCUUUGUUUAAUGGUCAGUUGCCAGGGAGACAAGACAGUCAUACAUCCAUGAGAAAUAGUCAUAGAACACCUUUGAGAAAUCAUCAGGUGCCCUUAACUAAUGGCCAAACACCCUUGUCAAAUGGCCAAGUCCCUUUAAGAAACAGUCAAGUGUCCGCAAAGAAACAAAUAAGUUACACAUAUGGCUACAAUUCCCGAACAGGCCAAUAUGAGAAAAUUCCAACUAACAAUGAAUUUAUUCCCAACAAUAGGGGCAUUAACACAAACAAUCCACAGGCAGCUAAUAGGCAAAAUGAGAAGAGGUUGCCUAUCGCAGGAGAAAGGUUAGAUGACACAGAGAAUCAGGAUGAAGUAUACACUGUGAAAUAUGAUAGGGAAGGGAGAGAGUAUGAGCCUGGUGGUAUUCAAUAUGGGCACCACCAUUUUGUUGAUAAACAAGACUCAAGGUAUCAGCAACACAAUAGAAGAUCACAAUCCAACACAAGAUUACAACAGAAUACCAGGUUACAACAUAACGACAGAUUUCCUCAUAAUACUAGAUCCCAACAACACAAUACUAGAUCCCAACCACACAAUACAAGAUCCCAACCACACAAUGCUAGAUCCCAAACACCUGUUUCUGACCCAUUCAGUCAGUACAGACAGAACCCACACAGACAGAGUUCUAACUCUCAACAAGUACGGAAACCUUAUACUAACUACAGACGUCCAGCUAAGGAGGUUAAUAGGAAUCCACACCCUGUAGGAAACCCAUUGAAGUCCCAACUGAGGAUAACAGACUUAAGUCCUAAAUAUAGGGAAGAACCAAAACAGCCUGGGGGUCAAUACGAGCCUGAUGGAUACUACCACCUGAAGAAGGACCAGACAAGUCACAACACAGCAGGGGGUCAAAGGAUUCAGCACAAGCCACGUCCUGUGGGCCCUGUUCCUUUAAUUGACCCCAACUACCAGGGUUAUCUCACCCAGGGGCAGAGUCUGGGAGAACCCAGGGGAGAGGGUCACUAUGAUGGUCUAAAAGAGCCACCCAUCAAACCUGAGAAUGUGAACCCAUUACAAGCAAGGUAUGACCCCAAUUACAUCAUGGGACCUGCACCUCUAGUGGGAGGGAGUGUGAAUGAUGAAAGGCAAUUAUCAAAUGAGGUCACAUAUUCCUGGAAGAUCAAUGGAUUUUCUGAGUGUUCCAAGACUUGUGGAGGGGGAGUACAAGAGACUUUGAUAGUUUGUGUACCAAAUCUAGGAUCAGGUAUAGUUACAGUGACAGAGGACAAUUGUGACGUAGAUACAAAGCCUACCAAACAGAAAGUGGAGUGCAAGAACAACCCAUGCCCACCUGGAUGGGAGACCAGUCCAUGGUCAACUUGUAGCACAACAUGUGGAAAGGGACAAAAGACAAGGACUGUGGAAUGUAAACAGAAUAUUAACAAUGGCCUUCACCUGUUGGUGUCUGCCAGAGAGUGCCUUAAUGAACCAAAACCAGCCACAUCAACAAUGUGUGAGACAACAGUAUGUUUCAGAUGGCACACUGGAUCUUGGGGCGCAUGUUCUAGUGAGUGUGGCAGAGGAAAGAGAGUGAGAGAUGUGAGGUGUCUGAAUGGUUUCAACCAGACUGUAGACGACAAAAAUUGUGAACAUCAUAAACCUCGCAGUGAAGAUAAAUGCGAUGCUGGCCCCUGUAUCAAUAACUGGUACUACACAGACUGGUCAGAUCAGUGUUCCAGUGACUGUGGCCACGGUAUCUACACCAGGAAGGUGUUCUGCAAUAGUGACAGCUCUCAUAAGUGUGCUAGCAGUAAGAAACCAGUAACAUCAAAGGCCUGCAAGCAUGAUAAACAAUGUGGAGCACAGUGGUUUACAUCUGAGUGGAGCAAGUGCACUGGGUGUGGAUCAGGAAUCAAGACACGUGCAGUGAUGUGUAUGAGACAGAUAGGUCGUUCCUGGGUGUCAGCCAAUGAUCGCUUCUGCUCCCAGAAGGUUAAGCCAAUCAGUGAACACAAGUGUGAAAGCAACACAUGUGAGGCGGAGUGGUACCUCACUGACUGGUCUGAGUGCAGUAAGACUUGUGGAACUGGGGAAAAAAUGAGGAAUGCCAUGUGUUUGGAUAGGUACCAGCGGCCCAGUGGAAGAUGUCUCAUAAAGGAUAAACCAAUCAUUAGAACAGAAUGCAACACUUAUAUAUGUCCAACUGAGAAACCAGAUCCAGAGUGUUCUGAUGCUUUACCAAACUGCCGCAUAGUUGUACAGGCACGACUUUGCCGGUUCCACCACUACAAGAAAAAUUGUUGCAGAUCGUGUAAAGGACAUUAACCUGAUAGAUGGAGUCACCCAUACAUGAGAACAGUGCAACUAGUCAUAGAAAGAACUUUCUUCGAAAAUGGAUUGUAUCGGUCAAGUUUGGUAAUAAAUGAAAUAAACGUAAGAGAGAUGAUGCAUAUAAAAAACUGAUGUACAGUAAAACCUG